AUGGCACAAUUACCUUUUUAUCAAAAUGCUGAAGGCAUCUUUGGGAUGGAUAUGGCAAUUAGGAAUCGAAAGAAAGUAUCUCCAGCAACUCCAAAUUUGGGAAAUUUUACUGUCAAAGUACUUAGCCUCACUUGUAGUGCAUCUGGUUGUGAGCGUAAUUGGAGUAUCUUUGAGCAUAUUCACAGUAAAAAAAGAAAUAGACUAACUCAAAAUUUCUUGAAUGAUUUGGUGUUUGUCAAAUACAAUCGAUCAUUAAAGCAUAGAUAUGAUGCACGUCACCACAUUAACCCCAUCUCAUUGAAAGACAUUGAUAAUACUACUGGAGCUGAAGAGGAUGCCUACAACACUAGAUUAAGCAAAGGGAAAAAUGUUGCAUCUACAUCACAGCAAAAAAGAAAAGCAUCAUCCACUCGUACUUCUUCACUUCUUGAAGACGAGGAAGAAGAUGAUGAUGAAGAUGUUGAUUUGGAAGAUGAGUAUGAGGAGGAUAAUGAAGAUGAUGAAGAAGAUGAAGAGGAAUUUGAUAUUUCUAUUGAUGUGGAUUGA